AUGGCGGACGGUGGUGAUCCCGAUGGUGGUGAUGGCAAUAGCAGUGAUGAUGGUGGUUUGUGGGGAAGUGAUGGUGGUGGGGCUUAUAGUAAGGGUGGUAGUGGUGGUGGAGGUGGGGGUAAGGGUGGUGAUGGAGGUGGUGGCAGAGGAAGUGAUGGUCAUGGUGGUGGCGGCAACGGCAACAGCGGUGGUGUUGGGGGGAGGGCUGGCGACGGUGGUGGUGGUGGUUUUGGGGCUGGUGGUGGCGGCAACGGCGAUGACUGUGGUGGUGGUGGCGAAGGCGGCGGCGAUGGUGAUAGUCAUGAUAAGAUGGCAUUUUAUAUAUUAGCGAAAGCAUGA